UAUAUUAAGUUGUAGCAUAUAUGAUGCAACCAUCCCUCCCCUAGAAAGUCCGUCAGUUUUUCUCUUCUUGUCCGGAACUCCGGAUCAGCUUUUUACUCUUCCACAUUAUCGAGUCCUAGAGAGAAAGAGAGAAAGCGAGAAAGCGAGAAAGCGAGAAAGCGAGGGCGAGGCAGAAGGGGGAUCCGGGAACGUUGAGGAAAAAAAUGUUCUACAGAGGGAAUUACGUCGAUGGUGGCGAUGGGCGGGAAAUGGGUCCGAAACGGCAGCGGAUACUUGAUCAGCCUACAUCAUUUUAUGGGGCUUCUGCGGGUUCGAGUUUCAUGUAUAAUGAGGCUUCUCCUUAUGCGUAUGCUGGUCAGCCUCCAUUCCCAGUUGUUCGACUGCGAGGGCUUCCCUUUGAUUGCACAGAAGCUGAUGUGACUGAGUUCUUUCACGGUCUAGAUAUUGUUGACGUUUUAUUCGUCCACAAACACGGCAGGUUCAGUGGGGAGGCCUUUGUUGUUUUAGGUUAUCCCCUUCAAGUUGAUUUUGCAGUUCAGAGGAACCGACAGAACAUGGGUAGGCGAUACAUUGAAGUUUUCAGGAGUAAGAGACAAGAAUAUUACAAGGCCAUAGCAAAUGAAGUUUCUGAUGCCCGUAGUGGUUCACCCCGCCAGAAGGCUCGGGCAAGAUCCUAUGAUGAUGCGAAGGACUCAGCCCAACAUACUGGGGUAUUGCGAUUGAGAGGAUUGCCAUUUUCAGCUGGGAAGGAUGAUAUUAUGGAAUUCUUUAAAGAUUUCAUGCUUUCUGAAGAUUCUAUUCAUAUCACGCUCAAUAUGGAUGGGAGGCCCACAGGUGAAGCAUUUGUGGAGUUUGCAAAUCCUGAGGAUUCAAAGGCUGCAAUGGCGAAAGACAGGAUGACCCUCGGGAGUCGUUAUAUAGAGCUA